UCAAAAGACGCUUCAACUACUACUGCCCAAGAACAUCUUUGGUGUGAUCAUAGAAUUGAUAAAGAUUAUCUAGAAAAGCCAGUAAAAACAGAUGGUGAUAUCAGAGCUGCAAUAAAAUAUAUUACUUUAAAAC